UUCCUGCUAGCGUUUGCACUUGGCGCAUGCUGUUCCUUUGGAAAGUCAUCUGCCGCGAGAGUCAGGCCCGAGCGGGCUGCACGUGCUUUGGCGUGAGCGCCUGGAGGCAGAGUGGCUUAGUAAGGAGCGCGCAGUGGGAACCCUCUCGCUGCGCUUGCCAUCAGGGUUCAUCAGGGUUCACUGUAUUUUGGGGGAUUCAGCCAUGGUCUGUUAAUAUAUUGGAAUAACAAGCUGAUCCAUAAUACAGUACAUUUGUUUGAUGUAACCUGGGUUUAGGGGUUAGCAGAUAAGGUGAACACAGCCUUGCAGUCAGCUUGGAUAUUCUACCCAUUUCUGAGGAAUUCUGCUACCAGUGCACCAGACACCAGCCAAUCUUGGGAACGAUAAGCAUAGAAACGUGUUUCUAAGAAUUGUAAGGACCAGCCUGGCUGUUUGUUUAUCACAUGAGAUACACCUGAUUCAACAGUUUGGUUUCCCUGCUUUUUGUCACGUUCAUUCUAACCACGCCUUAGUUACUUGGCACAGAAUCUGGUGGCCAACAGUGACGUAAGACAAUUCUACAAGUUUGCCUAAAGUGCCAUUAUGGCAGGCAGUGUUCCCCAAGACAGAUAUAAAGCUGUUUGGCUCAUCUUUUUCAUACUUGGUCUUGGGACACUCUUGCCAUGGAAUUUUUUCAUGACAGCUACAGAGUACUUUACCAACCGCCUGCAGGAUUCUCACAUCAAUGUAUCGUCCAUUGGUUCCCAUGCUAAUGUGAAUGCCACAGGAAAAGAGGACUCUUACAAUCAUGCUAAUGUGAAUGUCACAGGGGAGGAGAAAGUUCAUCCCUCAUACCUGCAGUCCAUAUUUAAUAAUGUGAUGACGCUGUGUGCCAUGUUGCCUCUACUCAUCUUCACCUGCCUUAACUCCUUUAUCCAUCAGAGGAUCCCUCAACAAGUACGGAUCAUAUCUAGUUUGGCUGCCAUCUUCUUGGUCUUCAUGAUAACAGCUAUCCUAGUCAAGUUCCCAAUGGAGCCUUUGCCUUUUUUCAUCAUUACCAUGGUCAAGAUAGUCCUCAUCAAUUCCUUUGGGGCCAUUCUCCAAGGCAGCCUCUUUGGAUUGGCAGGGCUCCUGCCUGCCAGUUACACGGCACCUAUUAUGAGUGGGCAGGGUCUCGCAGGGACUUUCGCAGCAGUUGCCAUGAUCUGUGCUAUUGCCAGUGGUUCUAGACUAGAAGAAAGUGCCUUUGGUUACUUCAUCACAGCCUGUGUUGUGAUCCUGAUAGCUAUUGGCUCCUACAUCAUGUUGCCUCGUCUGGAUUUCUUCUGCUUUUAUUCCAUGAAGAAUAAGAGAGAGUAUCAAACUUCUGUGACUCAGGCUGAGAUGGAAACAAAAGUUGAUCUCAUCAAGAAAGAUGAGGUUAAUGGUGUUGAACAAAACCACUCUGUGAAUGGAGGUCCCCAUGCCUCCAGCCACGAAUCUUCAGUCCUCGGGAUCUUCAAAAAGAUAUGGGUUAUGGCUGUUUCUGUCUGCUUAGUUUUUACUGUUACAAUUGGAGUCUUCCCGGCUGUCACUGUUGCAGUAAAGCCAACUAUUGGAGAAAAUACACUUUGGGUUGCCUAUUUCAGCCCAGUUGCUUGUUUCCUGAUGUUUAACGUCUUUGACUGGGCAGGAAGGAGCCUCACAGCUGUCUGUGUUUGGCCUGGAAAGGAGAGUCGCCUGCUACCCUUCAUGGUGAUUGUCCGUCUGAUUUUCAUUCCCCUCUUCAUGCUGUGUAAUGUGCAGCCCCGCCGUAACCUGCCGGUCAUCUUUGCUCAUGAUGCCUGGUACUUCAUCUUCAUGUUGCUAUUCUCCAUCUCCAAUGGUUACUUGGCCAGCCUCUGCAUGCGCUUUGGACCCAAGAAAGUGCUAACUCAUGAAGCAGAAACUGCUGGAGCCAUCAUGGCCUUCUUUCUCUCCUUGGGUCUGGCGUUAGGAGCCAUCUUAUCCUUUCCACUCAAAUGUGCAAUCUAAUGGAGAUACCAGGAGAUCUAUGGGCAGAGAAGCAGUAGAGUCAUACUACCAUGGAGGAUUUCUUGCCUGCUUCCUGGGAACUUGCUGCCUUAAUACUUCUUGGCUUGGAGCAGGGCUUCUCCUUGGGUAUAACAUCCCUCCUUCACACACACACCCUUUUACCAGUGCUAGCUGUGAAUGACUUAAAUUCACUCAACAUGUUCUGCUUCACACUUGUCUAGCAAGAGAAUUCUCCCCAGUCCAACCUCCUAGCCUUUCAGUUGUGCCUAUGAAUUUGUUGUGGGUGCUUGCACUUCACUAGCAUCUGCUCUACUCUCCAAAGGCAAGUCAUUGAAAGAGCUGGUGCACCCAAGAAUGCUCUUCAUCAAAUGACAGGCCCUCCAUGGAAAAGCAGUCCUCUUCAACUGCAUGUUCAAGCCUCCAGGAUCCAUGGUUUGUGGACAUCAGAAUUAGGCAAGAACCUCAACAGCUAUUACUUGCAGACGAAGCAGGCCUUAGCUAUUCCCACACCGUAAGCAGUCUGGAUGAUAAAGGCAUCCAGUCAGGGCCAUGAAUUAUUGGUUACUUUGCAAAUUGAAGUGUAUCGUAUACAGGCUGAAUAUGCCCCAUCUUCUAAAGGCCUUCCAUGUCUCUUUUCAAAGAUUUUGCAUGAUCUCACUCUAGGUGACGGUGGUGGAUGAGUUCAUGAACUCUGGUGUAAUGCAAAUGAUAAAAUGGAUCAUUCCCAAACCUGACUUUUCAGAGCCCUUGCAAUCUUCAGGCAAUUUUCUGUGCUUCUUGAUGAAUUUAUGAAACUCAGGAUUUGUGUAUUUGAACUCUGUUUAAAAAUGGCAAUUUUUUUUUUUAAGAGAAAGGUGGUGACAAAUAAAGGGUAGGAUUUCUUUUGUAAAGUUUGAAGCUGUAAUAUUACCUUGUAUUUAAAGUAUUGAAUAUUAUUAAUUAUAAAGGUCCAUUUCAUAUGGGAAUACGGCAAAGAUCAACCAUAAUAGAAGAAAGUAAUGCUUCACUCAGAUCAUUUUCAACACCCUAAAAUCAGUUUCCUAUCCUUAAUAUAGUAUUGACUUUUUCCCCUCCUGAAGGCAGAAGUGGAACUAGAUCGCCAUCUAUUGGCCAUAAUUAUAUAUUGUCAUCUGUUGGUCAUACUGUACGGUAAUGAUAUAUUUAUAUAUAUACCUGUAUAUAUAUAUAUAAAAAAAAAGCCAAAGCAAAUCAGGCUAGCUGUAAAGCAUUAAAAUUGUGUGACAACUCCCCAAAUAGUAAGGAGUA